UCAUUCGACCGCAGUGCACCGCGACGAACACGCGAUUCGCGAGCCGACGACAGCCACGGCUGUUCGAAAACACGAAAGUUUCUUAAUAAAAGUAUAAUAAAUAAUAUAAUUGGAAUAACGUAUUAAUAAUUAACACGAGUUAUUGCCGAGUCAGUGUGUCCACGAGUUUGAGCAGGUGCACGUUCGACAGCGGAACUCCCUCCACCGUGCCUCGUCGACGUGGAAGUCGCUACCGUGCGAGGGCGGCCCGGGAACAAGCAUGGGGGGCGUCCGCCAGAACGCGUGGACCCCCACCAAGCGCCGGGGCCCCAUCGCGGCAGAGUCUGCUAGCCCGGGGCCCGCUGUUGUCUCUUUACCGUCGCUUAUUGGUAAGCCACCCCCUGAAUCUCGGAAGGCGCGAGCGCCGGCCUUCACCUUCGGGCACAAGCUUGAGCCACCAGGAUCCAAUUCUACUAAGGCGGGUCCCGGCCCGGCCUCUUAUAACACAGAAGGAAUGACUGCAAAAGGUCGCUCUGUGGGCCCGGCGGCGUCGCUGCACGGUCGCUGGCCCGCGCCGCGCGUGCCGCAGACGCCCGCGCCGUGCGACUAUGAGCCGCAGCGCGCCGCGCGCGCCGUGCUGGACCAUGCGCCGGCCUUCUCCAUCGGUCUGCGUGUUAGCAUGCCGCUAGCGCAGUCUAAGACGCCAGCGCCCAACAUCUACUCCAUGCCUCCCGUUCUCGGCGAAGCUAAAGAAGGUAGCAAGCAAGCAGCACCAGCGUUCAGCAUCUGUGGACGGCCCAAGAACCUCGAAGCCAAGACCCCCAUGCCGGGACCAGGGACCUACACUACUGAUAAGGCCGCUAACGUGCUGACGAAGAGGCCCCCUGCUUACACCAUGGCACCUAGGAGGGAGUUAAGGCAUCCGUCUGAGGCUAUACCUGGACCGGGUGUCUAUUGUCCUGAGAAGGAUGCUACACAGCAACAGUCAAAAACAUACAAGCACACCUUUUCGAGCAGAUGUAAAAUUAAAAAUGGCGAUCAAAUUCCUGCACCCAAUGCAUACUCGCCUGAAAAAGCUGACAGACUGUUGAGAGCAAAAUCACCAGCCUUCUCUUUUCGGACCAAAACCGAUGUCACUAUCUCAAGCGACGCACCGGCACCCAAUAUUUAUUCCCCUGAAAAAGCUCUAAAUUCAUUCAAGAGUGGACCAAAAUAUACAUUAGCAGGAAAAGGUGUCGCAGAAAAGCAUGAUUCAACUCCAGCCCCCAAUUCUUACAACCCUCAAAAGGCUGACAGAAUCAUGCACGGAAGCUCUCCUUCUUACACCAUGCGUUCCAAAGACGUGGUCGAUAAAAUCGAACAAACACCAGCUCCUAAUGUCUAUGCUCCUGAAAAUUCCAUGCAUAUGCUGAAUGGAGGACCAAAAUACACCAUAUCCGGAAAGGGGGCUCAUGCAAAACUCCCUGAGACACCAGCUCCUAACUCCUACACCCCAGAAAAAGCAGACAAAGUGUUACACGAGAGUUCACCCGCGUAUUCGUUUAGGAUUAAAGAAGAAACUGUUAUCCGCAGUGAAUCACCAGCUCCUAAUGUUUACGCCCCAGAGAAGUCGAUGCAGAUGUUGAACGGAACGCCUAAAUUUACCAUUAGUGGGAAAGGCCCAGCAGGCAAAAUCGAAGAUACUCCAGGCCCAACAGCUUACUGUCCGGAUAAGGCAGAUAAACUGCUUCAUGAUUCAUCUCCUGCAUAUACGUUCAGAACGAAAGACCAAGCGCGAAUAACUGACGAUGUCCCUGCUCCAAAUGCAUAUGCUCCUGAAAGAUCAAUGCACAUGUUGGAUGCAUCUCCAAAAUAUACUAUUGCAGGAAAGGGUGCUUCUCCGAAACAUGAUAACAUUCCCGCUCCAAAUACGUAUAACCCUGACAAAGCAGAUAAGCUUCUUCACGAUUCUUCGCCGGCGUAUACGUUCAGACCGAAGCCUGCAAUGGGUCGACCCAGUGAUACACCAGGACCCAAUGUGUACGACCCGCAUCUAUUGGACGGUACGCCCAAGUACAGCUUAUAUGGCAAGGGUCCUGAUGGCAAAUAUCCAGACACUCCUGGUCCUAACGUAUAUAACCCUCACCUACUAGAUGGAACUCCAAAAUAUACAAUGGCAGGUAAAGGACAUGAAGGGAAACCAUUUGAUGGUCCAGCACCCAAUUCAUAUGAUCCUCAUUUACUUCCUAAUACUCCUAAGUUUAGUUUGGCCGGUAAGGGACCAGACGGGAAGCCAUCAGACACGCCUGGUCCAAAUUACUAUGACCCACAUCUACCUAGUAAUGCUCCGAAAUAUACAAUAUCUGCUAGGGGUCCAGAUGUAAAAGUAUCGGAUACGCCGGGCCCAAAUAACUACAACCCACAUUUACCAAGUAAUUCCCCGAUGUACACCAUAUCCGGUAAAGGUCCGGACGGAAAGGUUUCAGAUACACCUGCUCCUAAUAAUUAUGAUCCACAUUUACCGAGUAAUUCUCCAAGUUAUACAAUAUCCGGCAAGGGACCGGAUGGAAAAAUUUCAAACACGCCUGGCCCUAACGCUUAUGACCCUAACUUGCCACACAGCUCGCCAAAUUUUACGAUAUCUGGCAAAGGUCACGAUUUAAAGACUUCAGAUGUACCCGCUCCAAAUGCAUACGAUCCUCACAUCUUAGAUGGGACGCCUAAAUAUACCAUGGCUCCGAAAGGCAAACCAGGAAAAAUUUACAACACACCAGCUCCUAAUAUGUACCACCCUGAAAAAGCUGAUAAAUUAAUAUUCGAAAGCUCACACGCAUAUAGCUUUACAGACAAGCAGCCCCUUCAUAAACCAGACAACACUCCGGCGCCUAAUGCCUAUGAUCCUAGCAAAUAUCACUACAUGUUGGAUGGUGUGCCAAGGUAUACAUUUGGUACUAAAGGACCUGCAGAAAAACAUGACUACUUUCCUGCUCCGAAUGCCUACAACCCGGAUAAAGCUGAUAAAAUGUUGCACGAGACGUCACCAGCGUAUACCUUUAGGCCUAAAGUUGAGAAUGGAAAAAUUGUAGACACUCCUGGCCCUGCAGCUUACAACCCGGAGAAAGCUGACAAGGUUUUACUAGACAAUGCGCCAAGGUAUUCUUUCCGCAUUAAGACCAAUCCGCAUAAGGCCGACAAUGUUCCCGCUCCUAAUGCAUACAACCCUGACAAAGCCACCAAUUUAUUAAAGCCUAGUGCUCCUCAGUACACCUUUAGAAUAAAAACGGACGCCUUGAAGAUUCCAGACAAUCCAGCUCCGAAUGUGUACACAAUACCAACCCCGGUGCAGACGCCGCUGUACACCAUAUCAGGCCGGCACAAGGAGCCAAUAGACGAGCGUCUGAAGGUCCCUGCUCCUGGCGCUUAUAGCCCGGAGAAGGCGACCAAGUUCGUCUUGACAUACUCUCCGCAAUAUACCUUCGGAGUGAAGAUUCAGACUUCCAAGUUCGCCGAAACUCCCGCUCCCAACAGCUACCGAAUACCGUCCGUGCUGGAGACUCCAGUGUACACGAUAUCGGGCCGCCAUAAGGUGCCCGUCGACGACAGAACGCGUGUGCCCGCCCCCGGCACAUAUUCACCGGAAAACGUGCAGUUCAACAGAGCACCACAGAUCACCUUCGGAAUAAAACAUUCACCGUUACUGGGUCAAUUGAAACCAAUACACUCCAUACGAGAUACGAGCGACACGCGUAAUCUGCAACAAUCAUCUAGAACUGUCGAAGUGAAAACUACAACCGUCCAGAAUAAUGUCAGCGAACAUAAAGAUAUUCAAAAUACGACGUUUAUACAGAACAAAUCCGAUGUCAAUAGGUUGCAGAAUGUAAAUGAAACCCACGAAAGUAAUACGUACAUUCAAAGAACGCGAACUCCAGUAACUCAAAUCAGAACAGAAAGUGAUAUCAGGAGUUCAACAGUCACUCCAGAGCCUGUCGUUGAAACUUUGACACAGGAGAUCGUAUGGGUGCCAGAGAAACCUAUUCGACGAAACUCUUACACGAUAGACAAAUCGGAUGGGUCUGGAUUUUUGGAGCAUUAUCAGCACAGCGACGUUGUUCCAGUGGAAAAUGGCGUGCGCAAAACUACCGCCAGUGGAGAGCGAGGAGCAACCUGCUCACAAGAGACAAGCCAAGCUGUUAUUAAAAAGGAUGGCUUCGAACAAACGACACAAAAGAAUGUUAGGAACGAGAGCGCACAUGAGAAAACACAAACGGCCUCCGAGGAGGUCCGUCAAGGUACCGAGGUGAAGCACCUCGCGAACGGUGGCAUAGCCAAGACGACUACUACCACAACUGUGAGGAAAGUGGGCACGGCCGCGAAGUCUGCCAAGGCGACUACUACAGUCACACGCACUGCGACCGCAGUGACGUCACGUGAUGUCGGCGCUAAGUGAAACGACUGUCAAAUCGAUUGCUUCCUAUUUCCUUGUUGAAAAACGAUUUAAACUUAUAUACCGCUACUAAUUUAUUUAAAUUAGUUUUAUUUAUUAACUAUACUAAGAAUUACUAUUCUUCUUUAUUGCUAAGCAUAAUUAUUUUUAUCCAAUUUUUGACAUUGUGAUAAAGUACAUUUUAUGUCUAAUUUCUAGCAAUACCUAUAUGUCUUUAAUUUAUACUCACUAAUUGUUACUAAAAAAAAUGCUAUUUUUACAUUGAACAAAUCUCAGAUUUAUUUAUAAUAAAGUUUUAAUAAAAUAAA